AUGACCUAUGCAGUGAACCAGACUUCAGUAAAAGUGAUUGCAUCGUCUACAUUAGAGAACCAAGAAUGUAUCGAGGUAGAGUUUUUGGCUCCCUUGCAUCAUCUUCAUCCGGAAGAAAGGAAGAAUGAGAAAGAAGAAGACUUCUUGGUUUGUUUGAAGAACGAGGUGAACUUCUUUGAGCAGGCAGAAAAUGGAACUUCGAGCUGUGAGAAUGUCUUAGGAGUUUCUUUCGUAGAAAAGGAUGACUCGGUUCUGACAACAAGCCCAGGGAGUUGUUCGACCUUCGAAAGUGAAGACCGUGUUACCGAUCAUGACAAGAUCGUAGAAGCUCGUGACAAAGCUUCUUCUUCGUUGCCCCCUUCCACUGAUUCCUCUAUUGUGGCAGAAGUAGAGGCUGUUGAGACAAUUAAUAAAUCAACGACACUGAGUCUCCGAGAAGAUAUUGCGAGUGCCAACGUCCGCGAACAUUUGACUUGCGAUUUGAAUGAAACGUCAUCAGCCGGCGAGACCGAGAACUCUGUGGAAGUGGAAGACGGGACAACUUUGACAAUCGACAAAACCAUCGAUGCACCACCAGUACCUACUUCAAAGGUUAAAAUGAUUGGUCCCUUCUUGAGCGACCAAAUGACAUCACCAAUAGCAUGUGCUGAACUAUUAAAUGAGAAAGAAGCAGAACUGACACAAAAUGAGCACAUGGACAGUGAAGCAGAAGGAAGGCCGAAAACCAAGGCAGUGAACGAAAGAGCAUCCCGAGAGAUAGCAAUACCACGCUCCUUGCAUAUCGACUUCCCAAAGCAGGUAGGAAUGCAAAGUCACAACGAUACCAGUUUUGUCAACGCAAUGUUUGACUAUGUGAACAUUGCAAGCUCGCCCUCUCAAGAUGAGAGCAUAAUUGGCGACCUUGAUGAUUCGUCCUCGGCAGGUGAAAUUGCAGAGAAAGAUGGCAGUCAUAUGUAUCACUAUUUCGAUAAGAAAGAUCCCAACCUGGACGAACAGCAGCAACGAAUUGACGAGACGAGGAACAAGCAAAAAAUGACAAAAGAUAUGUUUAACUAUAUUCUUCACGCUGGAAGUGAUGAUGCCAGUCUUUUGGAUCUCCAUUCUUCGAGUAGUGACGAGAUUGAUACCAUGUACUACGAUUGCUAA